AUAUAACUACAGACUUUAAUUGUCCUUUGGAAAUAAACCCAUAGAACUCAGUGAAAGGGUGUGAGCUGUUAGCUUGUGUUAAGAUUCUUGUUAUUCUUCCAUAUUUUAUAAAUAAAUGUAGGAAAGGUAUUCCCAGCUCAUACACACCUACAUUAUACAAAUAUAAACAUAUGAAAGGCACUUGUUCACAUAUUGUGUGUUGUGAAGAAAGUUGUCUAGCCCUACUGUCAAUACCACAUUACACUUGAAUACCAGAUUCUAUUGACAAACACAUAAUAGAGAUCACUAUCAUUCGUCAACCAAAAGCCUUGUUAUCCUUAAAAUGCACACAAAUCUAUAUAUGCACCUAUAGCUAUAAACCUUACAUAAACAUAUAAAUUACAAAUGUACCUUUCUUACUAUCAUAAUACAUGAUAAUUGAACACGACUAUGUUAUUUAUUUUCUAUGUUGAAACUUAACAUAUCCUGAUAUGAAGCUAACACGGGGAGAAAAUAUCGGGCCACAGAUGACAUACUACACGCUUUGCUCUUACUCUCUAUUCAUGCUUCAACGAUUACACUGUCACCAACGUAAACAGUGUGCCUAGCGACGGUCAGGACGAGCAUGUGUAAGAGCUGCUAACACCCGAUUGCGAUGUGAUUGGACAGGCUUAAGACUUUCGGUACUGCUAGGAAAUUAAGCGGCUUGUGUUUAAUCUAAGACCGAAAUAUUGUUACCCUUUAAUCAGAAUGCAACAGGAACAGCAAACUUCCACCAAUCCUGUGUCUGUACAAAAACCGUAUGUGGCCCGAACCAUGGGGCCCAACAUUACGGCGCCACCCCCUAAUACCAUCGACGGGAAGUACGCUGCGGAGCACCUAGGGGGCGCUCUCACCUUGGCCCUGUCAGAGAUAGCAACAUGUCGACCAAAUGAUCCGAUAGAAUACCUAGCAAACUGGCUCUACAAAUACAAGGCCAACUCUGACCACCAUAAGCAACAACUGGCAGAAGCCAAACAGCUGGAGAAAGAGGAAGCUGAGAUGGUAAAGGAACGUGAGUGGAAGGAGAGAAGACAGGCAGAACAAAGACAGAUGGAGCAAGAGGCAAGAGAGAAGGCAGAGAAGGAGGAAGAGGAACGAAGGAAGAGAGAGCAAGAGGAUUUACAGAGAAAAGCAAAGGAAGCUGCCCUGGCCCAAAGACCAAACCUGGAGACUUUGAAGGAGGAGGAAGGUGAGGAAGAUGCUGAACGAGGGAGGGAAAAAGACUUCACAGGACAGACAGAGUUACACAGACUGGCCUCAAUGCCAGAUUCAGCCCUAUUGUCAGUGUUAAACAUGGGAUACAGUCUGGCUGAGAGGAAUGGAAACAACCAAACCCCUAGGGAGGUAGCUAUGGAGAAAGGUUACCAGGACCAUGUUGAUACCAUAGAUGAGUUCGUGCAAAGCCUUGUUGAGAAUGAAAAGUUUAAAGAGUUAGAGAAACUCUUAUUGGAUGGUUAUGAUCAAUGGGAGGUUGUGUUACAAAACAUCAAGGCUAAAGAACCAUCAGAGGGCAUCAUCAGGUUUAUGGAUUCCAUUGCCGACUAUCAGGAGAGGAUAAGUGCAGUACUACGGGCAGCCCAGACUGGUGUUGUACGUGACCUACAACAGGCAUUAGAACGGAGGAGUCUUGCUACAGCCAGAGACAAAAGUGGACAGGGCCCCUUACACAUAGCGGUACUAGCCAACCAAUCAGACGCUGUCCAGUAUAUUGCCACAAACUUCCCAGAAACGCUCAAAGCUAGAGAUAAUAUGUACCGCACACCGCUUCACUACGCCAUGGCACUGUCAGAAGAUCUUGCCCAAAUCCUCACAGAAAAUGGAGCAAAUGUUAAAGUGAAAGAUGCAAAACAGAAAGUUGCUGCCUAUUAUAAAGAGAAUCCCAGUGAUAUCGAGACAUUACAGCGUUCCCUUCCCCCGAUAGAGGAAAGUCAAGGUCAAAUGGAAACUACGCAGCAGAGUGAACAAGGUCAAGGACAACAGGAAGAGGAAUAAAAUGAACAAAGAUAUUUAAAUUGCAGGAUGAAUUUAGACCAUACUAGUGACAUUGGAGAACAUUUCGAUAUGUGGAGGCCAUGUGCAAAACUUGAAUAACAUGUCACCAAUUUGUAGUCAAUUUAAACUUUGAAGGAGUCUGAAAAGCUGAAUUUACUUUUAUAAAACAGAAAUGCAAGGAGGAAAAACCUGUGGAGUCAACAGUGCUGAAAGAUACAUUUAUAUACAAAUGUAGAUAUUGUUUUCGAAUUUCGAUCCACACUUUUAUUUUCCGAUAACACUCUAUGUAAUAUGAUAUAGUUAGCUGUUGGUUGCAUGAUCAUGAGAGGACCCUGGUGAUCAUUUACAUGUAAUUACUUAAACUCUAGGGGGACGAUAUACUUGUUAUUUUUUAUUUCAUUAGAAAUCGACAAAUUUCAAGAAAACUAUACAACAUACACGUGCAUAAAUUUUAAUUUCUUCAUUUUCUACCAAAACUAUUGAAUUAUAAAUUAUCUUUUGGGUUUAAAAUUUUUUUUGAAAAAGGGAGGUCAUGAUAUAAGUAUUUUGGUGAUGAAUUUGUCUACCAUAUAUAUUAUCUCAUGACCUAUAUACAUAAACUACCAGCUCAGGGAUGGCAGAUCUUCAACAAUAUCUUGUCUGUAUCUACGCAUAAUAGCCAGUGUUGUAUGUUGAUAUUGAACAUUUGUUAAUUUUAGGAAGUCUUGAAAAGUAAACAUCCACAAAAGAUUUCUUGUGGAACUAAGUACAAUACAUAUGAUUUCAAUUCACAGUGAAAAUGACAAUGUCAAUGCUUCAAGCACAUAUAACUGUAACAUGACAUCAAUACUAAGCUAAUUAGAGUGGAUAUAUCUAACAGUGAUAUAUAUAUAUAUACACAGUAUCUCUCAUCUAGAUCUAUAUACGAUCAAUGAUAUUUUAGAAUUGUAGAAUUAAACUAAUUAAUUCUGUUUGGUUAUUAGAAUAUAGAUAUUAUUGACUAGGUUUUUGUUUACUGCUGAUGUUAAAUAAAUUGCACAAAUUUGAAUUCUUUCAAUGAUUCAUUUGUUUUUUGUUAUGCACAAAUCUACAUUAUUAAUGAAUAAAUAU